AUGAACCGACCGCUGCCCAUGUCGCAACGCGUGGUUAAACCAGGGGUCAAGAAAAGACGCCCCCCACUGGCCUGUAUCCAGUGCUAUCAACGUAAACUCAAGUGCGGCAGGGAGCUCCCAUCUUGCAGCCGCUGCUCAAAAGCCGGAAAUGCCGAUGACUGCACCUACCGUGGAAACAAAGGACGGCCUAAGUCGGUUGACGGGUUGUUCAACGAUGGCCCUUCAGGAGGGGCCGACGGUGCGGCAGCAUCUUCCUGUAUAGAGAAUUCGUCAACAGAGAUUCGCGGCAGGCAUGCGACCUCUGCCAUCCGGGAAGUCGAUAUGACACACUUGGAAGGACAGGGGAAUUGUACCAAAUUCUACGGGUAUAGCUAUCCCCUGAACCUUUACCAGCAGUUCACCGAUCUUCGUCCAUACAUCAUUAAAAUCAAGACCCAAUAUCCUUCCAUCAACACCCUUCGCGAUGAGGUUUAUGCUCCUUUCAACGACAAACAUCGGCGUCGACCGAUUUUAAAGGACGAUGCGCUAGAGAAUACUUUGAGACAGCAAAUACCCACAAAGUCAAUCAUGGAUGUACUGGUUCAAACUUAUAUUGACCGAUAUGAGAUAACACACCGGGUUCUGCAUAUACCAACAUUCAUCGCCAGGUAUAACGGUUACUGGACUGAUCGUCCCAGCACUCCGGCCUGUUUUCUUGUACAGAUGCUUUUAGUAGCCGCCACUGCUGCAAGCUAUCACCCUGGAGUAUGCAUCGACGCAUUCAGCCACAAAACAACUCAUGAUCACGUUGUUAAAUGGGUUGAGGCAGCAGAAGCAUGGGUUAGUUCUCAGUCGAACCAGUCUCUUCGUUCCUGGGACAUCCUGGUGAGCCACUCCCUCUUGCUGAUUGCUAAGCGUGCAAACUUUAUUAAGGAGGGUUCCUUGUGGACCUCUUCUGGGACAUUAGUCCGGUGGGCUAUGGCAGCAGGAUAUCAUCGCGAGGUUGUCUCUGCAGCCAGGAUACCGUUAUUCUGUCGGGAGAUGCGUCGACGAUUAUGGGUAACAAUUGUUGAACUCGAUCUCCAGGCAUCUAUAGAACGUGGAAUGCCUCCAAGUGUCCGAACAGGAGACUUCAACGUCAAGCCAACACUUAAUGUCGACGACGAAAAUCUUGAGGAGGCUGUGCAAGACUCUUUAGCCGGCAUGCCAAUUACUACACUGACAAACACUUCUUUCCAAGCACUUCUCUAUCGCUCUUUGCCUGUCAGGCUAAGGAUAUGCGCCUUCAUCAAUGGAUGUUGCGAAGAGGCCGAUUUCGACAAGGUCUUAGAACUUGAGGAGGAGCUAAGACAGGCAUUUCGAGAUAUUCCAACAUUUAAUAAUCCUCAAGCUGAUCCACGACAGCAUCAGACCGCCACAUACAUAAAGAGCAUGCUGGGCAUCGUUCUGCACCAGUAUAUGCUUUUACUGCAUUUCCACUUCCUAGUCCAAACUACCUCCUCAUCUAAAGCUCUCAUCUGUCGACGCGCAAGAUUAGAGGCGUCUAUGAAAAUUCUUGACUACUACCAACGACUUUUGGACGACGAGGCAUUACCAGAACAAGCUUGCAGGACGGGUUUAAUACUUGCGGCACUGGACAUCUGCCAUGAAAUUGACCUCAAUAACGGAUCACAAGGUUGCGAUCAGUCCACGAUAACAAUAUUUCCCGAGAUUUCAACAUUCCUCAUCGCUAAUGUUGAGAAGGUCUUGAAAAUUCUUGAAAAGCGGAUUUCACUCACCUUCAACGGCUUAAACGAAUAUUAUAUCGUUAGUAUGACAGUUGGUUUACUUAAAUUUAAGCUGUGGCCAGAGUCAUCCGUAAAAUCGGAUAAAGAGGCAGCAGAGCGAGUAAUUAAACUCUGCACCCUGUUGCAGACACGUCAGGCAGCUAUUCGACAAGAGCAGCCAUUUCCUGACUCUUGUGAUGAUGGCGAGUCACGUGGGAAUCAGCUAUCAGUUGAUGCGAACUAUAUGGGUUCUGAUAUUAUGACCGAUCUCAUAAGCUCGAUGCUUCCACAAGACUUGGAGUUCAUUAACGACAAUCUUGAUCUUACCUUCUUUCAUGCAUAG